AUGAGCGCGGGUGGCGCGCUUUCUCUACUAGCGGGCAUUGGCACCUCGGAUAACGUUCCGCCCUUCACUUUAGUCAUUAUGUCUGAGGCCUGGGUCACACUCGCCACCACUGAUGGCUACGCCCAAGGAGCUCUGGUUUUAGCCCAUUCUAUAAAAGCCACUGGAAGUACCAAAAAGUUGCAUUGUAUGGUGACAAAUUAUGUUUCUCCUCCACUACGUAGUGAACUGGAAGCGCAGUUCGAUGAGGUAACGCUUGUGGAUGUACUGAAUAGUAACGAUCAGGAAAAUCUGGCAUUGAUCAAUCGACCCGAUCUUGGUGUAACAUUCACAAAACUCCAUUGUUGGAGGCUUACACAGUACACUAAGUGUGUAUUCCUGGAUGCAGAUACUUUGGUUCUUCAAAAUUCGGAUGAGUUGUUUGAACGACCGGAGUUCUCCGCCGCUGCUGACAUUGGCUGGCCAGACUGCUUCAACAGUGGCGUUUUCGUCUAUGUGCCUAGUAUCGAGACAUACCGUCGUCUGCUGGCAUUUGCAAUAUCACAUGGCUCCUUCGAUGGGGGUGACCAAGGCCUUCUAAAUGAGUUCUUUGCCGGCUGGCGUGACUUGCCACCUAUUCAUCGACUUCCGUUUAUCUAUAACAUGACCGCGGGUGUUUUUUACUCGUAUGCAGCUGCUUACAGAAGGUUUGGAGCAUCCACGAAAAUUGUUCACUUCAUCGGAUCUGAGAAACCAUGGCACAGUUCAGCAGCUAUUCAUCAGAGUGAACAUAUUGCUAGAUGGAGACAGAUCCAUCAAGCCAAUGUCGCUGUUCAUACGGCUCCUCCACCUCCACCACCUCCACCGCCGCCACCGCCGCCUCCUCCUCCGCCUCCGCCGUCGUCACCAACACGUACAUCUGGUCCAGCUCCACAGUGGUCACCAGCGCACAGCGAUACAUCGUCAUUUAGUUUUGUUCACGUAGAGACGUCGCACGAUGCUCAGCAACAACCUCCGCACGAGCAUGGACAGAAUUUAGGCGGAAAUUUGGUUUGUGAGCCUGCCGUGUAUGUAGCUGUAGAAACGCAUGCAAUCGUAGAUCAUAGCAGUGAAGGAAGAGAGCAGGAUAGAAGCAAUACGGCCGAUGAAGAGGUCGCCUCAAUAACUACACCCUCUCCGAGUGAGGAGGAGAGGCUACGUGCCUGGGAGUCUGGACAUCCAGACUUCAUGGGCCGCGACGCAUUCUCGAACAUCCAGGCAGCUCUCGACCGUGCUCUUCAGGAGUAA